AUGAUGAUCAAAUUGUUGUUGGCGGCGUUGCUGGCCGAAACGUUUGUUUCCGAGCCAUUUCGAGUGCCCCUUCGGAGGGUAAAGAAGGAGGCCAAGAAUGUUCUGGGUGGACGAUUGGAGCAUUUGGAUAACGCUUUUGUGGGUAAGUCGGCUUCCAAAGCACGUUUAGAAAGCACUAUGCUAUUCUCUGGCUACUGACCAAAAAUUAAGUCGAUUCUCGUUUUAAGAAAGAUCUACAAUGUAAUCGAGCAGGCCACAAUAAAUAGCAGUAUUAAUUUACCGAUUCUAACACUAAAAUCACAUCAUCUUCAGGUGUAAUUUCCCUGGGAACCCCCCUUCAAGACUUCAAUGUUGCCUUCGACUUUAACAGUUCUCUCCUUUGGGUUCCUUCUCCAGACUGUAAAUGCGAAGAAGAGUGUGAAAUCCGUAAGUAUUUUCGCUAAUUAUUAAAUGUCCUUUAGCUGAGAUUUGCGCCGAACAAUGUGGAGCACACUGCUGCAGCGAGGGAGAUAUCCCAGAAGAUUUGGUCAAGUCUGCUGCCUCCGAAUUGACCGGAACAUGUACCCACAAACUUGCAUUUGACGUCAACGGGUCUCACACUUUCUUGCCCCGUAAGUUAAAAAACACUGAAGAGUCACGAAAAGUGUACUGUUGACACCCUUCUACCACAGACCAACAAAAAACAAUGACUCUUUUCUUUUUAGUCAGCAAGACCACUGAGGUCAAAUACGACGGAGUUAGUUUGAAGGCCAAGGUUGCAUACGAUCAACUGAGUCUUGGCUCACGUCAUCGCCCCGGCCUCACCGUCAGAAAUGUUCAAUUCGGUCUUGUUAAGGAAUUCCCCGCCGCCUACGAACACACCGCCUUCGACGGAGUCUUUGGCCUCGCGAUUGCCAACAGCAAAAACGAAAGGAGUGUCAUCAAGCAAUUGGCUAGCCGAAAUCUCCUUCCCGAGCCAGUUGCCACUCUCUGGUUGAACAGCAAUGAAGAGACCGCUAUUGUCGACGGUAUCCUGUCCUUUGGUUAUGUUGAUGGCCGUGUUUGUGAUGUCAAAGAGUUGGAAUACAUCCCUGUCACUUCGACCAAGGCCUGGGAAUUCGAUGUAUGGUCGGCUAAAUUGGGAACCACUAACGAAUUCAACAAGACCACUAAGGUAACGAAAAUAGGUCACAUAAAAACGAUGUUGGAGACCUUUUGAAACUCAAAAAAUCUGUUGAAAGGAGCAACAGAAUUAGGGACUUUUACACACCUUUUUGACAUCGAAUUAAAAGCCGAUUUGAUCGAUUUUGACUCCGUUUUGUCGGUAGGCACAUCCCGCAAAUACAUGACGAACUAUUUCCUUCCAAAAUAUAAGAAACCUUUUCAGGGAGUUAUCGAUAUUAACAUUCCUGGUUUGGUCGUACCUAAGCCCUUCUUUGACUUAGUUACUUCCUUACUAGGAGCUUCUAAAGACCCCGUCUCGGGUGCCUGGGUCGGCCGAUGUCCAAGAAACAGCAGCAACACAGAUGUUACUUAUUACGACAUUGGCCGCUCAACUUAUACUUUCUCUCUGUCUAAACUCGUAACAGAAGUCGGGGUCAACCGUUGCGAAUUGCAUGUAUCCCCCGCAGAAAGGCUGGACGUCUACCAAUGGAGAUUCGGAGCCGUCUUCUUAAAGAAACAUUGCGCUGUUUUGGAUUACAACGGCCGAAUUGCCUUCCCCUUGGCCAGAACCGACGUUGAUAACAUAAUUAAUUAG